ACUGUUUAUUUUUCUGAAAUUUACAAUUCAUUUCAUUGAGCUUGCAUUUUCCAAAUCUCCUGUGCUAUGUUAUGCCGUCUAUGUCUAAAAGAAUCUCUUUGCUUUCUGAAUAUUUUUGAUUCGGAUGGCAUAAAAUUCGACAUCGCCGAUAUACUCGGGCGUCACUUUUGGUUUAAGCCCCGCGGUGAUGAUCGAAUGUCCCCAGCUAUUUGCACAAUGUGUUGGUCGAAAGUAUAUAACUUCCACCAAUUCUAUGUGACUAUAGAACAGGCGCAUUCUAUGCUUAGCGCUAGUAACGUAGAGAAAGAGUUUGUCCAUGAAUACGUAGGCAAUGAGUUUAUCGACAAUGGCGUUGUUAAGGAAGAGUUUUCUGUUACCAAUUGUUCUAUGAUUGGCAAGCCGUUUGGAAAAGAAUCCGUGGGCACUGAGUUUAUCGAAAUCGACGACUGUGCCCAAAAGUUCCGAGAAAUUCCUUGCUCCAGAAUAGGGAAACGGAAUGAAUCCAUGGAUCUUGAGUUUUCCAAAGUCGAUGUUAAUUCUUAUGACUUUUGCGAAGAUCCUUACUCAAAUGACGCAGCGCAAAGUAAUCAACAUAACUUACCCGAACAAUUUUCUGAAAUAGAUAUCCGUGACGAAGAAUGCGAUAAACUAAACACCGAAGACGAUGAACAUUUUAGUUGUUUCUCAGAAGCUGAUAAAAAUCGAAAGGGAGUUACAGCCACAGAGAAAAAAGUAGUUAAGUUGCGAAAUCAAUGUGCUCCGAAAACUACGUGUAAUGAAAAAAAAGAAAUAUCUGCAGGUACAUCUUUAUCGCAUUGUGAUACACAGAAAACUGCACUGUUACCAAAAAAGUCUACAGAACCAAAAAAAAAUCGAAAGAGACUUACAACGACGAAGAAAGAACUUCCCAAGUUGAGAGAAAAACGCAAUUUGAUUGAAAAAAGCAAAAUAUAUACAGAUGGAUCUUUAUUGAAUAGUAAUGCUCAAGAACCUGCCCUACAGAAGCCUCCAGAACUUGUUUCAGAUGCAUCCUUAUUGUAUUGUAAUCCACAGGAACCUGAACUGCAUAAGAAAUCAGAACAUGUAAACGCAUCUUUAACGAAUUGCGAUACUGAGAAACUUUCACUGCAGGAAUCUACAGAGCCGGUUAUAGGUGCAUCUUUAUCGAAUUGUGAUGCACUAAAGCUCCCAAAUAAGUAUACAAAGACUGCUACAAAUUCAGAGAAACUUACAAUGUCACAGAAAAAACUUGCUGAGUUGCGACUUGCUGAGUUGAGACAAAAGCGUGGUAAAAUCAAAUGUAAUGAAGAUGAACUGGUAAAAAAAUACAUUUCAAUGAGCUGUGACGUAUGUAUUUUCGAUUGCGCAGACUUUGAAACUCUGAAAAAGCACUAUCGGUUAGAUCAUCCAAAUAUAAAACCAUAUGUCAAAUGCUGUAAUAGAAAAUUUCUGCACUCGUUGUCAAUUGUACAUCACGCCCAUAAACACGACGAUCCUGAGAUUUUUAAAUGCCAAGAUUGUCAUAAAAUUUGCGCUGAUCAAAAAGGUCUAUCGCAGCAUGUGGCGGACUUCCAUGCACCAGAGAAAGAUAAAAUAUUUACCUGCGAUCUAUGCCCAAAAAAGUUUGCACGGAAAAGGAGGCUGGAAAUCCAUCAAAACUUACAUACACCUAUGAACGAGCGAACUUUCAUAUGUGAGCAGUGUCCCAAUCGUCGGUAUUUUAGUAAUGCCUUGUUGCGAGCUCACAUAGGAAAGGUCCAUCGUCGUAAAUCUUUUUUUGUUUGUCAUGUUUGUGGCAAAGAGAUGAAAACGAAAGCCUUUUUUGAAAAGCAUGUGCGCUUGCAUUUUGAAGAAAGCGGUCCGAAGGUCAAGUGCACAUUUGAAGGUUGUGAUAGCUGGCUUAAGGACGAGGAUAAUUUGCGCCUACAUAUCCACAGGCGUCAUUCCAAAAAUAAAGAUAAAGUUUUUACAUGCGAAGUAUGCGGAGGAGAGUAUAAAAGUAGGGCCGCUAUGACUAGCCACAUGCUGCGCGUUCAUCCCAAAAAGACAUAUCCUUGUGAUAUAUGCAAUAAAAUUUUCAAAACAGCAUGGAGGCUAAGGGAACAUAUGGCCCAGCAUACCGGUGAAAGAAACUACAAAUGCGCAUUUUGUACGUCUACUUUUAAUACGAACGGAAAUUAUUACACACAUCUAAAGAAUUUGCAUACUGUUGAAUAUGAAAAUUGGCGAAAAAAUGAUCUUAAAAAAACAAACACUACAAGUGUUCUAAGAUUAAAAAAGAUAGAAGAGGCUCAUUCUAAACUUAGUGCUAGUAAUGUGGAAAAGGAGUUUGUCCGGGAAUACGUUGGCAAUGAGUUUAUCGAAAAUGACCUUGUCAAAGAAGAGUUUUCUAUUACGCCCAGCUCCACAAUUGAGCCACAAAAGGAAUUUGCGGAUCCUGAGUUUAUCGAAAUCGAAUACAAUGCUGAAGAGUUUUCAGAAGCGCCUUGCUCCGGAAUAAGGAAACGAAAGGAAUCCGUUGAACUUGAGCUUAUCAAAAGCGACGUUAACGCAAAAGAGCUUUCCGGAGAUCUAUGCUUGAGUAUCAGUAUAAAAAAUGAACAAAAUAGUUCAUUUACCGAACUAAUUGCUGAUAUAGAUGACAGUGACUAUUUAAAUGAAGAAUACGAUAAAUUAAGUAACGAUGUGGAACAUUUAAAUCGUUCAGGAGAUGCACAGGACCCUGCUCUAUUAACAAACACAUCUGUUAAAAAUCGAAAGAGACGUAAAACGACAAAGAAAAAACUUCCUAGUUCGGGACGAAAACCUUUAAAAGGCUCAUAUAAAGAAAUAACAAAAUACACCGACAUGAGACCAAAUUUUGUUGGCAUCAAUUCCGGGCACGUAACAAUAGCUUCUUUUGACGAAGUACUUAUCUGGCAUUAUAAUACACCUAAGAGCGUCGCUAAUUUACAUGGUGCAAAGACGCGCAAAGAUAAUCGUUUUCACAUAGACGAUACACCUACCGGUGUCGAAAUGGCCAAGGACUUAGUUAUCGCUACAGGCGGUAGCAGCGCGGAUAACAAAGGCUACAAGCCGCAUGCCAAUGUAGAUCCUAUCUGCACGCUAGCAAUGUCCGAAAAAAUAUUAUUGGUGGCACGCGAUUCGGGCGUUGUAAAUGAGUAUAGUGUUCCGAACGUAGCGCUACGCAAUCGUCACAAGCUCAAUUCAAGACCCUAUAAAAUGGUUAUUAAUUGCAAUUCUAGCCGUGCAGCGGUAAUCGAUGAUGCUGGUAUCAUGACUUUGCUUGACUUGGACGAUAAUCGCGAGUCACAAUUGAACUUUAAUCGCGUUGAACGUAAGGAUGUAUGGGCCAUUUGUUGGGCCAAAGAUAAUCCCUUGCUACUCGCUUUAAUGGAGAAAACGCGCAUGUAUGUGUUUCGUGGCAAUGAUCCUGAGGAACCUAUUUCUUGUUCCGGUUAUAUUUGCGCUUUCGAAGAUUUAGAAAUUACGAGUGUCCUCCUCGAUGAUAUAAUAAGUGGCGAUGAAACUCAGAAUUCCAUCAGUCAUAUUAUACAGUUGCGUGUUAAAUCAUUGCGUGAUACCGAUGAUCUGCUCCAGCACGUGGGCUUGGAAGAUGCUAAGCAAUUCAUCGAAGACAACCCACAUCCACGUCUAUGGCGUCUAUUAGCUGAGGCGGCAUUGAAGAAACUCGAAUUGGAUGUGGCCGAGAAUGCAUUCGUUCGCUGUGCAAAUUAUCCGGGAAUACAGUUGAUAAAGCGCUUGCGAAAUAUAUCGUCGGCCAUGUUGCAAAAAGCAGAAGUGGCAGCCUUCUAUGGCGAGUUCGAAGAGGCAGAGAAAUUGUACAUGGACGCAGAUAGAAGAGAUUUGGCAAUAACUCUGCGUAUAACGUUGUGCGACUGGUUUCGUGCCGUGCAGCUGUAUCGAAUGGGAUCCGGCGUCUCAGAUCAGCAAAUGGAAACAGCUUGGCCGUGCAUUUUACAAAUCUGUGCUAUGUUGUGUCGUCUUUGUGUAAAAGAAUCUCUUUGCUUUCUGAAUAUCUUUGAUUCGGAUGGUAUAAAAAUGGAAAUCGCUGAUAUACUCGCGCGUCACUUUUGGUUUAAGCCCCUAGCUGAUGAUGGAAUGUCCCCAGCUAUUUGCACAAUGUGCUGGGCAAAAGUAUAUAACUUCCACCAAUUCUAUGUGACGAUAGAACAGGCGCAUUCUAUGCUUAGCGCUAGUAAUGUGGAGAAAGCGUUUGUCCUUGAAUACGUAGGCAAUGAGUUUGUCGACAAUGACGUUGUCGGGGAAGAACUUUCCGUUACCCUUUGCUCCACGAUUGAGGAAGAAAAAGAAUUCGUGGACCCUGAUUUUAUCGAAAUCGACGACAGUGCCAAAAAGUUGGCAGAAGCACCGUGCUCCAGAAUAGGGAAUCGAAAUGAAUCCAUGGAUCAGGAGUUUAUCAAAAUCGACGUUAAUGCUAAAGAGUUUCCCGAAGAUCCUUGCCCAAAUACCUCAAUACAAAAGGAGCAGAAUAAUUUAUUUACAAAACUAGUUCCUGGAAUAGACAUCCGUGGCGGCUUAAAUGAAACAUGCGACAAAUUAAACAACGAAGACCUUGAAUAUUUAGAUAAUUCAGCAGAUGAUUCUUGCUCAGGUUGUGGUGCACCGGAGACUGCUCUAUUAAUAAAAACGCCUUUAAAGGCUGGUAAAAAUCGUAAAACAGUUGCAACUAUAGAGAAAAAAAUGCCUAAAUUGAGAAAAACCCGCAUUGUGAAUACUGAAUGCAAAGAAAGAAAUAAAAUAUCUUCAGAUCGAUGUAAUGCACAGGAUCCUCCAUUAACGACAAAUUUCAUGGAACCUGUUAAAAAUCGAAAGCGUAUUACAACGUCAAAAAAAGGGCUUCCGCAGUUGAGAGAAAAACGUAGUUUGAAUGAAAUAUUUGCAGAUUUUUCGAAUCAUGAAACUCGGGACACUGCACGGGAUAAUUCUACAGAAUCAUUUAAUGAUUUAUCUUUAUCUGAUUGUGAUCCACUGGAGCCUGAACUCCAGAAGUUUGCAAUACCGAAGUCUACAGAAUCUGUUAAAGACGCAUCUUUAUCGAAUGAUGAUACACACGAACUUGCCGUAAAGUCUAAAAUAUCUGCUAAAAAUCGAAAGAAACUGGCAUCAACCGAGGAAAAACUUGCUAUAUUGAGAGAAAAACGUGGUAUUAAAGCCAUGUGCAAUGAUGAUGAGCUGGUAAAAAAAUACAUUCCUAUGAGAUGUGACGUUUGUAUUUUCUAUUGCGACGAGUUCGAAAUUCUUAAAAACCACUAUCGGUUAGAUCAUCCAAAUAUAAAACCAUAUGUGAAAUGCUGUAAUAGAAAAUGGUAUUCCUGGUUGUCAAUUGUACAUCACACCUAUAGACAUGACGAUCCUGAGUUUUUUAAAUGCCAAGAAUGCCAAAGAAUUUGCACUGAUCAAGGAACUCUAUCGCUGCACAUGAUUGACUUCCAUGCACCAGAGGAAGAUAAAAUCUUUAACUGUGAUCUAUGUCCUAAAAAGUUUGCACGGAAAAAGAGGCUGGAAAUUCAUCGUAAUUUACAUAUACCUAUGAACGAGCGCACAUUUAUAUGUGAUCAGUGUCCAACUAGUCGGUUUUCUUCUGAUGCCUUGUUGCGAGUUCACAUUAGAAAUACCCAUCGCCGCGCAUCUCUUGUUUGUCAUGUUUGUGCAAAGAAAAUAAAAACCAAAGGUUUGUUUGAAAAACAUGUGCGCUUACAUUUUGAAGAAAGUGGCCCGAGGGUUAAGUGCACAUUUGAAGGUUGUGAUAGCUGGCUAAAGGACGAGGAUAAUUUACGUUUACAUAUUCGAAGGUUUCACAACAAAAAUAUAGAGAAAAAAUUUACAUGCGAUAUAUGUGGAGGAGAGUAUAAAAGUAGGGCAUCCUUUACCGAUCACAUGCGGCGCGUUCAUCCCAAAAAGACAUUUCCUUGUGAAAUAUGCAAUAAAAGUUUCAAGACUGGGUUGAAUCUAAGGGAACACAUGGCCCAGCAUACUGGUGAAAAAAACUACCAAUGCCGGUUUUGUACGUCUACUUUCAAUGUAACCGGAAAUUAUUAUUCACAUCUAAAGAGACAUCAUUCUGUCGAAUAUGAAAAUUGGCGAAAAGAUAAUCUUACAGCAAACAUUAGAAAGUUAAGCGAAAUAUAAAAUUGCUGAAGCAUUGCUUAUUUCAUAGAAAGCAGUUCUGAAGUGGUCGGUAUUUUAUUUUAAGAGGACUAAAGGUGCGGUUAAACGUGGCAAUGCAAGCGCUUUUUCAACGCAUUUUACUGUCAAAAUGCGAAAUCGAAAGUCUACUUUCCCGUGUAAACAGCUGGAAAAUUCUUUUUGUAGAUUUGCAGAAAUCACUUUCGGAUAUAAAAACUGCAAGUUGUAACUGCAACUGAAAUUAUGCAAAUCCCUUCCGAGAAAUAAUUUCUACUUGCCUGUGCUGCACCAGCAAUUUUAGUUUUUGCCGCAAGUGCUGUCAAACCAAUCAAGUGUUGCCGUGCGACGCGUUUUUUGGCGAAUUUGUAUAAAAUUAUAAAAAUGUCGAAUAAAAUAUGAAAAAUAUGUGUAAUUCAUUUAUUCUA